AUGGACAAUUCUAUGGGUGUGAAAAGAAGAAAUGAUGAUAAUGAAACCGAACAUGCAUCUGAUAACAGUGUGAUAUCCUCAGAAGAACAAGCAAAUGGUGCUAAGAUUCGAAAAACUACAAAAUCACAUAAUAGGGAAGUUAGCACAAUUCUGGUGAAAAAUCUGCCCAAAAGUUUUAAUCAAGGAAAGAUAAAAAAAAUAUUUAAAGAUUGUGGAAAUAUUUUACAUAUAGAGACAGCUGAGCCCUUAGAUAAGGUAUUUAGAUAUGCAAGAAUAGAGUUUGAAGCUCAUGAAAAUGCAUUGAUGGCAUUGACAAAAACUAAUAAAAAAUAUGGAGAUAACGAAAUUGAGGUGAUAGUACUUCAAAAUAUGACAGUAUGGAUAACCAACUUCCCUCCUUCAUUCACAGUUAAUGAUAUUAAGAAUCUAUUCUUAGAAAAUGGCGUGGUUCCUAUUAGUGUAAGAUUACCAUCAUUAAGAUUCAAUAAUAAUAGAAGGUUUGCAUACGUAGAUAUUACUGAUCCUCAAGAUGUUAAUCAUAUUAUAGAGGCGCUUAAUGAUAAAAUGGUUUCAAAUUACAAAUUAGUGGUUCGAGAAUCAAAUCUUUUAGAAAGACAAAAAAGAACAGACAGUGCUGUGAUAGAGAAGAGAGAAAUAUUUGUGAAAAUGGCGAACAGUUCAGCGUUAGAUGAACAAAUUCUACGAGGCAUCUUCUCAAAAUAUGGUACAAUAGAAGCCAUUAAGUUAUCAAAAGAUAGAGAAAAUUUCCCUGAUAACAAUGGUAAUAACUUUGGAUUUGCAUUUAUAACAUACUCAAAUAGUGAUGAAGCAAAAAAAGCAUUAGAAUUACACAGAUCUAUAUUAAAGGAUAGUCAAAUAUUUGUUACCAUUUCUGACAAAAAAGCAUAUUUAGAAAGACAAGAAAUUAAGAGAAUUAUAAAUUCGAAGCAUCGUUCAAAUGAUGAUAUGUUUAUUUCCAUCUUCCCACUUGCAGAUAAAAUUACAAAGUCUCAGAUAUCUAAACUUAUUAACGAAAAAACAAAUAUUCCAGAGCAUAGCAUAAUGAAGAUAUACUUAGUUGCAGACUAUAAUGGUUGCAUUGUAAAAUUUAAUAAUUCAAGGUAUUCGGCUAAAUGUAUAAUGGCUCUUGACAAUUCAACCUACAAUAAUAAAAACAUUAGAUGCAGUAAUAUUAAUGGUUUGAAAAAGUCUCAAGAUCAUAAAAAUGAUAAAAAGGUAACAUUAGGAACAACGUACAGAGAUAGUUCAAAUAACUUAAAGGCAAUUAACAAGCCACCAGCCAUCUCAAUCGAUAAGAAUCAAGAAGAAAUUUCUUCAGAUACACAUUCCACUAAAAAAAUGAAUAACGAUGAUUUUAGGAAAAUGUUGGGUUUAUAA